AUGAUUCCACGCUACGACGGCCUUGUUCCCGCGAUUCGGGAAUCAGCGCCCUCAUGUGCCGUCGCCUCCGCGAGCGCAACACGAUCUGCGACGAUGCAGCGCACGGUGGAAGCCACCACAGUGACGCGGUAUGUCAUUUGCCCUGUCGCCAGCCUUAGCACGGAGAAUGCGCACGCGGACGCGACGGCGGAGCGUGAGCGACGUCUGUUUGCCUUCUUGCCCUCCGUCGACUGCGCGACUCCCCCGUAUGAGCUGCACGUGUCCUCACACUACUUCGAGGACUCGAUGGAUGCACCAGUCGCGGGUAGCGACAUUGGCAGCGGCGAGGACUUGGAUGAGGAUGAAGAAAGCCACACUGCAGCUAUGCGCGAUAAAGCGCGCGAAGAUGGCGCGCACGGCAGCAGUAGCGGCAAUCGCAAGCGGCGCCGUGUGCUUCGGCGAGAACCAAUGCGACUGGAGUACAACAGCCUCCUUAGCCCAUCGACCAAGGAAGCUGCCAAGCCUGUGCGGCUUGUCUCCACGCCGGCUUCUGAGUACAGUCACUUGUCAUGUGUGUUGCUGCAGCUGCCUACGUUGUGGCUCCAACAGGACGUCAGUGAGGGCGAGGGGCACGGCAGGACAGCAUGCUCGCCAUCGUCGUCCACGUCAAAGUCCUUCAUUACCCCCACGCCGCUCCGACGGCCGAUACUGCAGCUGUGGGGCGAGAGGACCAUGGCCCCUGCCGGCCCGAGCAAUGGACCUCUCUUCUCUGGCAACAGCGCCGCUAGCAUCUCGGCCGCGUGGGGCUCUGACACGUCUCUACGGAUUAGGACGAAAGACUGGAAAACAAUGGACGCGGCCGAAGCAGAGCUGCAUAAACCCACGAACUGGUCGGAUGACGACGGCGGUUACGUGAGCAACGAGGGUGGAGAAAAGUCAUCGAGGGGCGCAGACGACUCCCUCUCGGCACGCGCACGCCGACAAGAAAAGGAGGAGGUGACGAGCACCGCCAUACGCGCCUUCCUCCUAGGCACGAAAGAGGCCUUGCGGCAGCAAGGUGCCACCGGCGCUACGGAUGCAUUCGCGCAACCGCAUCCGGCGGUGCACGGUGACAACACUCCACCUGCGAGUGCGCGAGUGGUGGACCCCGCACCGACCAAGACAGCCCCAAAGCAGGCAGCCGUUACACUGCAACUAUCGUCCAAUUCUGCAGGAGCAGUGAUGCAGUCAUCGGUCGCCGCACCUGCGGUGCCCACGCCGGCGGUGCGCCCAACCCCGGCACCUGCUGUCGAUUCAGCUGCAUCCCUGCCAUCUUCUACUGCUGUAGCGGUAAGUGACUGCGCGUUAUUGGACUCACUUGCCUGCACCGUAGUGACGGGAAUGCAGUCAAGCGAGGCCCGCACGAUGACGACGCUGAUGGAGCUGCAGAAGCGAAUCCUGAGGCAGCUGCCGGAGUUUGCUGCCAUGAGUCAAAAGAUGAAGUCAGUCGCGACAAAGCAGGAGGCUGUAACGUGGUUUCAGACAUGGCAGCAGACACUGCGGGUGUGGUUGGUGGAACACGGCCACGCCAUCAACUCUGACGGGACAGUCACGUUUGGGGCCGUUUAG